GCCACUUUCUCACUUCAACUCCCAGUUAUCUUACCAGCCCUGAAUAAACUUUGAAACCUUUGUGACAACAAGACAUACAUGAUGAGAGGACAAGACAGUCUCAUGCAGCUGUUGGUGGUGGUGGCUGUUGUAUCACUGGCCGGAGCUGCAGUAACUACCACUUCCAAAACAAUUAAGCCACCAAAAGGAGGCGUCUGUAAAUGUCCUUUGGCCAACAGACAGAAUCUGCCUUUUUGUGACCUGAAUUCACGUUACUUUUUGGGCAAGCGCUCAUGUUGCGACCCAAAUAGCAGUGAUAACGAAAAGGGAAAAUACUAUUGCAUUUUCAAUGAUGACAACAACUGUGAAUGUGUGAACGUCCCAGCCGUUGACUACUGCUACGAGACCAAAGGCACAUAUCAGGUGAAAGAAGAAUGCUGUAACGGGCAAAACCCCAAAGGUGCAAAAUACAAAUGUGCUUAUGAAGUUGUCGCCACGACAAAACCAACCCCAACCACUCAACCAAAGAAAGUUUAAAACAAGCCCAAUUAUCUUCUUCUUCUGGGUGAGAAAUCAAGGACCCAAUACCUAAGAAAAAAGCUUUUGACCAAUGUUUGGUGGAAAAUUAAUUAGUUAAUGCCUUUUUUUAAUGUUUAAUGUCGCCAAUAAAAGUGUAGC